AAGGUGGCCUAGAUUAAUUUAAAAGAGCUGUUCUACAGACUGUCCAACAUAUAUAAUAUAAUUGUGGCUAACAUGAUCGAUUUCAAAAUUUCCCGCAUUUAAUUGGUUAUCUUGAACUCAUGAGUGCGGCUUAGAUGACGGGCUGGUUCAGUCUGUAUUUCUAUUUUCACGUGCCGAGUGAUCUCUUACAGAGUUUUUGCUUAGCUUCUUUGGUGGGCAAGACAUUAAGAAUAUUUCUACGUUCAAACUCAUUUAGUUAAGUACAAAUUCUGUUAAACCACUGCCAGAUGCAACGAUGAAAAAUCAAUACCAUAUGAAUUGAAGUUAAACUAAUUAAAAAACUGUUGAAGAUUGAGGUUUCCCGAUAAUUCUCUGAUUUGAAGUCUUAAACAAAAACAAACAAAAGCAACAUGGCUGGUUGCAUCCCUUUUAUGCCCUGUUUAUUUCGUUAAAACAAAGCUAACAAACAAGAGAGUCUCUAAUGUACAUAAAUCUCUGAAGUGAAGCGUUAAUGCUUCAAUUAGUCUUAGCUUAUGUGCAUGGUAACUACAUAUCACACUAAAAUAUAAAUAAGCAAAUUUUUGCCUUCAUCUGUGAUAUCAAACGUAUCAAAUGCUCCGAAAGCUGUACAUUGUUUUAAUCGCUGCAUGCAUGCUGUGGAAACUAUGAAAUAUCGCACGCCCUGACUACAGCUAUGCAGCACACAGAAAGCUUUAUAUAUCAAUGAAUAAAAUGCUUUCAUAAGUCAUCUUUAAAUCGACCCUUUUGUUCUGAAAGGAUUAAUUCCACUUCAAGCAUUUAACAUCUCAUUUAGUUCUCACCUCGACUGGACUGAGGCAAGAAAAUCUAUUGUUUGCUCAAGCCAUUGAGUAUGCAAAUAACAAGCACAUAUGCAUUUUUAAUGCUUUACUAAAAUGUGCAAUAUUUGUCAGCUGGGAUCUGUGAUAAUGCAUAUCGCUCAAAAAAAUACCUCGUGACAGUCUGCAAAGAUGGAUUAAAACCUAUUUAUUUUCACGGACGGAAGGAUUAUCUCAGAACGAAUAGAUAUUUAUAUUCCGUAGAAAUGUUGCGUUGCAAAUACAUGCUGAAACACAUGAUGUAAUUGGGACAAAUUUCUCAGUUGGAAUUCACUGAAAGAGUAGACGGUUACGAACAUCUUUUCACGCCCCCUGCAACACUCACCUGUAUGUCAGCAGGUCAUAUGCAGGCAGGCUGUAUUAAUCAUCCAAAGCUAACAGUUUUUCUUUUUCACCUUUUGCAACAUUUGUUUAUUUUUGGCUACACAAUGCGUGCGAAUUGAAGGAUUGGUUGAUAUCGGUUCAAGAUCAGUGAUUGUCCAACACUUUGUUGCCGGAAGCACAUUGAGACGAUUUGAACCGCGAUAAAUCUGUAAAUUAAGACCACGUCUUUCAGUAUACACGUCCAGUACAGAGAGGGCUUCACGUCCCAAGAUAGCUUCUUCGUCUGUCAAACGUCUACGAAACAGUGUAAAACGUAAUUCCUAGCAGAUUUCUACAGCGUUUUCUCAGCCGAUCAAUCUUAGUCAUGGAUGAAACAAAUGGAUCGUGGUUUCCGAGGGAACGGCAAAAUUCAAAUCCAUUCCAUUUCACCUCUGGUCACGAAGUGUCUCGGUCAAGCAGUGCAUCGAACAUUUACGGAAACUCGUCUUUUACGGCGUUCCCAGAAAAAGCCGACACGAAAUUCUCGCCCAAGCCAGGGAAAAGAACAAGAAAAUUGUCAUUAUUUUCGUUUCAUUUCAACUCGAAAUCGAAUUCAGAAGAAAGAGGAAAAGUAAGGCGGUCAUCUCAACCCGCCUUUAAUCAACCUUCACCAACAACUCUUUCACCAGAUCCUGACGUAUGGAUGGCUUCGCUAAAACCCACUGGAUCACAGAACAGCCUCGAUAGUUCCCCUUCUUCUUCAAGAAAAUGCUCGUCUGUGCUUGGACCUAUUGAAAGGGAGAACAUUGCAAUACAUGACAUUAUUCAAGAAACUCUGAAGCUACAGUUUGAGAAUGUCACAGAGUACGACCGCGAGGCUUGUGACCGCUUGGGCAAAAACGUGUGCCAACUUGUGAAGCGGCGCGUCGAGGCGAUGAAAGAAGCGACGAGACAGCGCUGUAAAAUCGUGUCUGUAGUUUACGUUGGCGCGGUUAGAGAUCAUGGAAUACAAGUUGCUAGUCAGGCGCUACUGGAGGCAGAUAAAGACAAUUUUACUGUGGCUAGUUAUAGAAACGGAAAGGUGUUUACUGUGAGUGGAAUUAUGGUCAUCCCGUUAGAGAAAUAGUCAACAUACUUAUGCACUAAAUAACCACAUGUUCAAACAACACUAAGAAAACAGAGGAUCCCAAGACGAGAGGUUUAGAUAAGGAGCAAAGGAUGUUUUUCAUCCACAGGUGUUUUGUUGUUUGGACAGCUUCGUGUAAGUAUUAUGUGGAGUAUGAAAUGAAAACAUUGUCAGUCGCGCCAUGGCUUCGAAAAUGGCUACGGCUCAUUAACCCUACUGAUGCAAACAGAUAACCUACAGCUGCUAAUAGUAGCAGAAGCGGCAGGUAAUUGUCACAAGUUAAAAGCGAUGAGAAAUGGAAAGGGACGUUUGCGUAAAGAGCAAUUAAAUUCAUCUUGAAACGAUAUUCAAUACAAAAAUUUUACGGUACACUUAAUGUCUUGUAAUUCACUUUGUAAGGCCUUAUGCGUCCCAUAGUGCGAUAAAUACUCACUCUGGUGGGCUCUGGGAAUGAAGAAAAUAGUUAAAAUACGACAGUGCCGUUGAAAGCUCAAAUGGUUUUAAUUUUAAUGCGAGUUCAUCUCACUCUCGGCUGGAAUUUAGACGAAAAAUGGCUUUGGCACCAGUAAGUCUGCACUUGAUCCGACUAGGCUCCCUGAAUAAAUAAAAAAAAGAAACAAAAUAUCCCGAAUGCUAACGAUUUUUAAUCUGCAAUUACAUAAUAAUGGAUAGCACAGGGUGAAAUAUUAGAAUUACCAGGUCUGCUAUAGCCUGCGUCGCAGACAGUCUAAACCACCGGUAUAGUCCUAUAUCGGGGAUUUUAUGACACGUCAGGCUGCAACACAGGCUAGGUCUGCUAAUAUGCUAAUAACUGGAGAUUGUCGAAAUAACUUUGAUAUCACAAAGCUUCACAAGACCACCGGCAAGUUCUGAAUCGCCACCAAUGAAAUGCUUGCAGUUUGUGGCUUCUUCUAAGCUGUGGUUAAAUUGUGAAUACCGAUGCGAAGAAGUUGAAAAAUUCGCCAAAAGGGCAAUCUCGAUCCAGAGUAGAUAACAAGGUCAUUGUGGUAAGAGGUUAUCAGUGUUCUAACUUGCACGUAAUUGAUGCCACUAUAAAAAUUAUUCCAUAUUAAAGAUUUGGUUGGAUGACUUCAAGACCGUGCUGUUGCCUGCUUAGCUGCCUGGUCAAACUCUGUUUUCGCGCAAAACAACGAAACCUGUGUUGUAAAGCUGCUACCUUUCUCUUGUUCUAAGCCGUAAUCAGUGAUAAUAAUGGAUUUUGUCGACGUACAUGUGUUUUUAAUUGUGUAGCAGACCUUUAACUUCUAAUUACUUUGUAGAAAGCUGUUUAUCGCGCCAUCUUUCAGAGCUUUCUCUUUUUUGCAUGAACGUAAAUUUUAUUCAAUGCUGAUCUGCUUUCGAGACCAUCAUUUCAGCAGCUGACAGAAGUCGUACAAAUGUCAAUUUACGAUGUUCUGGUAUAGCUUCACUGUAGAAACAUUCCCAAAUACUAUAAAAAUUAUUUUUUGGGUUCAAAGUUUCAAUACAAGGAUACUUUUACAGAAUGCAGUGCAGCGGCAUUAGACAAUGAGGCUAAGAGACCAUAUGUAAAAGGAAUUCAAAGCAUUGUGACUUUCAACACGUCUCUCUCAUUUUUGAGGUAAACGAAUAUCAGUCAAUCCCGGAAAUAGCCAGUCAUCUUUCGCAGAAGGAAAAUCAUUUUGAAGUACUACAAAAUUAAAUGAUUAUCUUAGAACCGAUUAGUUUCGGUGAUAUCAAUAUCACCUUUAUCUCACUCAUUUGAUGUUGAGAGCAUCUGGAUAAUUUUCCUGAGGGAGGUACUCCCAGAAAAAUGGAGUGGAGGUGUGCUGCUCGCUUCCCAAAACCUUUACCCUAUUUAAGAUCAAAAUCUGAGAAUUUCCCUACCCUAUUUGUGACCUAACCAAAGAUUUGUUACGCUAUUUAAGACCUGACCCUUAAAUUAAUACCUUGCUCCAGACCUGUCUCAGUAAUACGUUCCCUAGUUCAGACUGAUGUUAAAGGCAUUCUAAAGGGCUUUUGUUGAUGGUCUUAUC